UACGUGCGGUGCCCCUCGCAGCCCCUCUAGGAGACGAAUUAUAGCAGAAAAAGGGAGGCAGUUCUGCAAAUAAAAAAAUAAUAAAAAGACUGGCUGCUGCAGCUCGCGGAGGAUUCAUUGGGUGUCACCCGGUUUGUCUCGACAGCUGUCUGCGCCGGAGGACGGGCGGGUCGUGAGGAGCGCGUCACCGCCACAUGAAGCUCCGUCCUCUGCUCAUCUCGUCCUGAAAAUCAAACAUCCUCCUUUCCGCUGUGGUCGAGCAGUUACUCCCCUAGAAGAUGGAGGGGCAGGAAAAGCAGGUAACCGGUUAUCUCCUCUUCUCAUUGGGCACGGCGGUCAUCGGUUCUCUGCAGUUUGGUUACAACACGGGAGUCAUCAAUGCUCCAGAGAAGAAACUACGAUUGUUCUUUAAUAAUACCUGGGUGGAGCGAUAUGGCGAGCCCAUCAGCCCCGGGGUUUGCACCAUCGUGUGGAGUGUUGCUGUUGCAAUCUUCAGUGUGGGGGGAAUGGUGGGCUCCUUCAGUGUGGGAGUCAUGGCCAACCGAUUUGGCAGACGUCGCUCCAUGUUCCUGGUCCUCCUACGAGAUGGUGAUCGCGGGUCGUCUGGUCAUCGGGUUGUUCUGCGGCCUCUUCACCGGCCUGACUCCCAUGUACGUGGGCGAGGUCUCACCCACGCCGCUCCGGGGAGCGUUUGGCACUCUGCAUCAGCUCGGUGUCGUGGUGGGAAUCCUGAUCGCUCAGGUCUUUGGUCUGGAGGCUUUGCUGGGCUCAGAGAAACUGUGGCCCCUGCUGUUGUCUCUCACCGUGAUCCCCGCCGUGCUGCAGUGCAUCCUCCUGCCCUUCUGUCCCGAGAGCCCUCGCUUCCUACUGAUCAACCUGAAGCAGGAGGAGCAGGCCCGCAAAGCGCUGGUCCGUCUGCGCGGCACGGAGGACGUGAGUAAAGACAUGCAGGAGAUGAAGGAGGAGAGCGCCAAGAUGGCCAAGGAGAAGAAGGUGACCAUCCCCGAGCUUUUCCGCUCGGCGUCGUACCGACAGCCGCUCCUGAUCGCCGUCAUGCUGCAGCUCUCCCAGCAGCUCUCCGGGAUCAACGCCAGCAGUGAAAUCUCUGCUGCUGCUGCUGCUGCUGGUGUUGGUGUUGGCCGUCCUGCAGAACACAGGAGAACCAGGCAACACUGCUGCCGGUGCAAGGAGGAGGCCGAGCCGGAGGCCGAGGAGGCGGUAAGGACGCUGCUGGAUCCCGGGCAGCAGGCUUCUCCUCCCGGAGCCCCGCUCCGGGGGCUCCGGGAGGAGAAGCCUGCUGCCCGGAUCCAGCUCAACCUGCAACAUGGAGGCAGCUAG